AUGAAAAUCUCUUUAUGUCUGGUAAAGGCGAAUCCACGUGCUCUUUUUCUAGCGAAUAAAGACGGGAAAUCUCCCAUGUAUUUGGCUGUAGAGGCUAGAGUUGUUUCCCUUGUGAAAGCAAUUUUGAAUGAUAACGCCCAAGGCCAAACCUCGAACUUAGCCUCGCGAUUGGAAGGGAGAAAAUCGCUUGUGCAAGGAGCUCUAAAGGCCAAGAACAGAGAGAUUGUUGAUAUUAUUCUCACUGAAGACCCAAGUCUUAUCAACGAGAGAGAUGAAGAAGGCUAG